CUUUUCUUAGUCAUAUGGCUUAAGAAGUGCUUUCAUUAAGCCAUACUGUUCCUGCUGGGAUGUUUUACAAUCAAGUCUAGAAAUUCAUAUAAGAUAUGGUAGCACUUGCUUAUCUUUUAUUUUGUUUUGAUACGCCCUUUGUUUUGGCAUUGCAGCUGAUAUUUUUUUAUCUAAAAUUUAUGCAGUAAAUAAAUAAAUUUGCAAAAUAUAUAAAUAUUUGUUUUCAAUGGAUCAAACAGCAAUCAUCUCAUCUGCUGAAGAGCAGCUAAAAAAUUUCGGCACAUUCCUUGAUAAUCAUGAUAAAAAAUUGCAGAAAUUAAAUCAAAAGACAUUACAAGUGCCGAGCGCUAAAGCAGCACCUACGAUUAAUAACUCCACACCAACACUUGUGGAAGUAAACUAUUCCGCAAACCAGGAGCAACUCAAUUUACUGCGAAUUCUCGAAUCUGACCGAGUGUUAAAUAAGACUUUACUUACAUUCGCUCAUCUCUGUGCAGAAGUGGAUGCAUUGGUGUGCAAAUCGCAACGAAUGCAAACCAAGUUCCUUUACAUUGACGAAAAUUUAUGUGUACUAUUGGCGGAUGAUAACGAUAAUGGCGGAGGUGAUGCUGCUAAGCAAACAAACGAAAUUUUAUUACAAAUGAGUAACUCAUUGCAAUUUGUAUGUGACAUACAAUUUUUAUUGCAACGGUGUAUUGUUCUGGGUAACAACUUGCUGAAUCAAUGUGGUGCUUACUGUGCUCUUGAAGAUAAAACUUUGGAGUUCCGUUUUGUGGACGUUUUUGACUGUCUUGCAGAUUUACUAUUACAAAUACUAAUUUUUAAUGAGAUUUUAGUCGGCUCAUAUUUCUGCCGCUUCUGGCGAACCUACAAGAAAACUGUGGAAGCUGUUUGCCAAAAUGGUAAUUAUGCGGAAUUUUGCACAGCAGGGGAACUAAUUGGCUUAAGAAACUGUUUAGAAGAGUUUGAUUUCCUGUUUUCGGGUGCUAUAUUUCAAAAUUUUCUCGACAGCACUUUCGCCCUAAAAGAUAAGAUCGGUCCUAAGGGCAUUGGCCAACUUACAAACCAAUGUAAUGAUUAUAUGAAGCAAUGUUUAGCAACCAUAAACAAAAGUGAUGUAAAUGAAUUCAGCGAUCAUAGGUUAUUAGUACGUCUGAAUGCUUUUUGUGUGACAUUUCAUGAUUUCUGUGGCCAAGUGGAGACUAAACAUGUGAAACAAUUGCUAGACCUUAACCAAAAACAUCAAGGCAUUAUGUUAAUAGGCAAUGUCGCCUGGCAACCAACAUCUUUCCUGCGUCGCCAUGCUGCCACUUUGAUAAAACCACACGAACGACUGCUGCAGGACAUUAAACGUUUGCAUCAACAUUACUUACAAACACGCGUACAAACGCUUCCACGUGAUUGCCGCAAUUACUGCUCACAGAUGCUGCUUUGGACUCUUAACGUACGCAAAGCAUUAAGUAUAGGUCCAUUUGAGCUGACUGUGCAACAAUUUAAGGAACUUGCUGGUUUACUAUUACUUGGUUUGCGUUUUGCAUCGCAAAUAAGUUGUUUGAUUAAGGGCUUAGUGAACACGCACGUGACACUACAGUCGCCUAUGAGCAAAGUGACGCUGCAGUGUAUUUGUAAACUCAUUGAAUUGCUUAAAAGUAUACAACAAUUGUUUCAAGAUUAUAUGGAUGUCAUUGCGAAGGUGAUGCAAUGUGUCUUGCAAUACUUGCAAUAUAAAGUUUUGCAUUUGCUUAACAUAUGCAAGAAACGCAUCACGGCUGCCAAAAUGCAUAAUCGUAAUGUUGACGCUUUGGCAGCUUUACGCAUUGCUGAGAAGUGUAUGACCGGCCCACCCACAAGAACGCGUACACUCCUUACCAAAUUGGCGGUGAAUGCCACGAAUCUUAAUAAUCGCACAUUACCGCAAGAUCAGUGGGAGCGCUUUCAGUUGCUUAUGUCGCGUAUCACAAUUUUAGCGGAUUUCCAAACCAACAUGCACGAUUUGUGCAGUACGACUUUCAUUUAUUGGCAUCAGUCAGUCUUAUCGGCGUAUUUAAAGCAGGUGGUUGAGCGAAAGCUUGACUUUAACUCAUUUCAGUAUAUUGUGCAUGCAUUCAACGAUUGUGGCAAGACGCUAACUGACUUGAAUUUAAAUCAGCUGAAAUUAUCAAAGUGUUUAGAGCGAUCCACCUAUGAUAAUUUGCGAAGCGAGAUCGUCAGCAAAUUAUGCGCACAAAUCGAACUUUUUCUGCGUUUAGAAGUUCAUUCUAGUUUGCAACUGGAGAAAAUGAGCCCUUUCGAGAAUGGCAUCGAUGAUUAUCGUGAUUUGAUUAAUGUAUGUCCCAUAGAAUUGAAUGGACAUUAUGUUAUUUUAAAAGAUCACAUCGAGAAUUACUUGAGCGCCAUGUUUUAUAAUCUCACUACCAUAUCAUUGCAUGACUGGAAGACCUACGAGGAGAUGCGACAUCUGGCGAACACACGUUUAAUGCUAAAACCGGUGGAAGACUAUUUACCCAAUCAGACUUUGGAACAGGGUAUCGAUAUUUUAGAGAUUAUGCGUAAAAUCCACAUUUUUGUCUCGAAAUAUGUUUACAAUAUGAAUUCACAAAUUUUCGUAGAGCAACGAAGCGGCAACAAGCAUUUGGAUUCGAUUGGUAUACGGCAUGUAGCCAAUUCCUUGCGCACACAUGGCACAGGUGUCAUCAAUACCACCGUUAAUUUCACAUACCAAUUUUUGCGUCAGAAGUUUUAUACGUUUUCACAAUUCCUCUACGAUGAACAAAUCAAAUCACGACUCAUGAAAGAAUUACGUGCUUACGCUGAGCACAAGCAAGCUAAAAGCUAUCCCCUAUAUGCGUAUGAACGCGCCGAUGCUUUUAAUAAGGAUAUACGUAAACUCGGCCUCUCCAAUGAUGGUCAAACCUACAUGGAUCUUUUCCGCAAAGUGAUAACGCAUGUGGGCAAUGCUAUGGGUUAUAUACGUUUGGUACGAUCCGGUAGCAUACAUGCCAACUAUAGCGCUAGUCUCUUUUUACCAAAAUUCGAUGAGAAUUUGCAAUUCGUUACCGCUUGUCGUGAGCAAAAUCUUCACGAUGUUACCGUAACGGCGGCUGAGAAUUUCGAAGUGAAUAUAAGUAAUUUAGUUAAGAGUUUCUCAGAUAGUACGGACUAUUUUAAAUUACUCGUCGAAGCAUUCCAACCAUUUUUCCGAAAUCCACAUAAUAUGCAUUUGAAGAAUUUUUUUCUCAUUGUGCCCGCAUUGUCUCUUAAUUAUGUGGAGCAUAUGCUGAGUGUCAAAGAGAAGAUCAAUAAAAAGGAUCGUCAAGAGGCGGUGCUCUUUGAUGACGGUUUUGCUGUUGGCAUGGCAUACAUAUUAAAAUUAUUAAAUCAAAUGGAUGAUUUCCAAGCAUUACAUUGGUUCGCAACGGUCCGUGAACGAUUUAAUGCAGAACGUCGUAAGAUACAGGAAAUGUUGCAGGACAUCAAAAAGUUGCCGAACACAAAAGGCGCCACCAAGAGCAAUAAGAAAGCUGCUCUCGCAACACAAAAUGAUGAAACUGAAAAGUUGCAGCAAACCCUGGCGCUAACUGAACGGCGCAUAAAUGCCCAUCAAAUGGAAUAUAAUUUAUUGUAUUGUAAUUUAUGCAGUGCGAAAAUAUUUUUCCAGUAAUUAUAGUGAUAAAAUUG